UUAUGUAUAAAAAGCAUCUGCAAGUUAUAAGCGAGUUUAAUCGACUUCGAUAAAUUCAGAUCAUCAGACAAACAAAAAUUUCAGAAUGUUUCGACGUGAUUUUAUUUCGAUAUUUUUGGUAAUUUUACUUUCUGUGUUAAGUGCUGCUGAAUUUCCUUCUGAUUUGAAGAAAUGUAAAAGUGACGACAGUGAUUGCCACAAGGAAGUCCUGCAAGAAGUUAUUGAUAAAUUCCAUAAGAAAGGUCAUCGUAGUCUGAAUUUAAUUGCUUUUGAUCCAUUAGAGGUUAAGAGCUUAGUUUUACCAAAGGUUGCUGGAAGUCCUGUAAAUAUUGAAUUGAAAUUCGUUGAUAUUGUUUUGACUGGAAUUAGUAAAGUUAAAUUGCAUAAACUUUCAGGUUUGAAGGAAGAUGGUAAAAAUAAGUACAUAUACGAAGUGGAAGCUUCCUUCCCGAAAAUUGAAUUAAAUGGACCUUAUAGUGUGAAUGGACAAGUUCUUGUGCUACCAAUUACUGGAAAGGGAAACAGCAAAAUUAUUUUUGAAAAUGUUGCUGCUAAAAUCAAAGGAAAAUGUUCUCUAGUCGAAAGAGAUGGCAAAAUGUAUUUAAACGUUGAUAAAAUUCAUAUUGAUUUGGAACCUAAGAGCACACAUUUUGAUUUUGCUAAUUUAUUCAAUGGUGAUAAAGCCCUCGGUGAAAACAUGAAUAAGUUUUUGAAUGAAAAUUGGGUUGAAGUUUACAAAGAACUUAAGCCAGUUAUAAGUGAAGCUAUUGGUAAAAUAUUAUUGACCAUUGCAAAUGGUGUAUAUUCAAAACAUGCAUAUGCUGAUAUUUUCCUACCAGCAUAGACUUGUGAUAAUUUUGUUAAUCUAUAAUUGAUAUUAUAUAAUAAACAAUAAUAAAGAAAUUUAAAAAA